AUGCUGGUCCCUUCCAUUGGUUAGUUGGCCUGACUGGUACAUGUUGUGUUGCUUGUUGGAAGGGAAGCACAGAGAUGGGUUGGCAGGAAGGGAAGUCCCCAAAUCAAGCUCCUGACCUUGAUUUUGAUACAGUGGGAAGGAACAGCAAUGGCACAUUUCUGUCUGCAUAGGAAUAUUCCCACUGGAUAUUUAGCGUGAGAGACUUUUGGGGAGGAAACUGCCGAGCGGAUGAACCACUCUGCUUAUCCAACCUGGGUUUGUCACGAGAGGCUGGUGGUAGCAUCCUGCCAAGGCUGUACCACUACAGAGUCCUGUCGGUGGGGGCGGGGCAGAGGGCAAGCUGUGUAAUUUGGAUACUCCUCUAUGCCAUUCCACUCCUUCUCAGCGAGUACACAAGAGAGAAGGCUCCCAAAGCUUUUCUUCCUGUGUGCUGGCAGGUGCAUCAAUGCAUGGACGCAUUUGAACAGGCAGCCCCCAUGUCCGCCAUGUAUAUUUUUAUGCAAUACAGUCCCAUGAAGACGGUGUGCCUAUAUGUCUUCUCUCAAUUUUGAUAGAAUUGGGAGGACUGGGAAAUGGGGUGCAAAGCCUUUCUUAUUGACCAUCUUUCCGUCAGUUCAUAGAAUCAUAGAGGGACCUCAAGGGUCAUAUGGUGUUCCCCUGCAAUGCGGGAACCACAACUAAAGAAUCCCCAUGGAAUUGCAGAGUUGGAAGAGAGUGGAGCAGCUCUUUUAAUAAGAAGAGUUUCUUGGCUUUUUAUUUUAUUUUAAGAGGGACUUUUGCUCCACUUCCACACACAGGAGAAUGCCUCUGUACUUUCCACAUCAUUGUGAUUCGUAAAUGGUGGGUUUUCAAAUUGCAGCACGGCAAUUGGAUGUGAUCGCCCAAUAUGUCCUGCUCACACCUAGGACAAUUUCAGGCUGUGUCAGUGGACACACUGCACUUGGUGAAAACAAACUGGUGUGUGGCUGUAUUGGAUGUACACACAGGUCCCACUUUCUGAACGCUCGCUAUGUGAAAGUUCACUUAUCUGAACACAAGGAAUUCGUACCCCCAGACUUGCUCUACAUACUGCAGAUUCAGAUAUCCAAACAGAAAGCAUUUUUUACUUCCUUGUUUGCCUUUUGCUGGUUGGCUGAGGAUCAGAGGGAGGGGGAAUGAGCAGACAAACAGACAGCAUUUUUCGGGACAAAAAUCUGUGAUUGGGAACACAUUAGAAACUUCCCCAUAGGAAUCAAUGGAAAUUGUCAACUUGUUAUGCAAACACACUGUGUUUGGAAAGCGGGACCUGCAUGUACCUACAGCACAAGCUGAAACUAGAUUAGCCUUUCUCCAUGGAUCCCCGGGGGGAUGAUAUUAUCUAAAGGAGCUCAGACAAAGGAUUUGAUCUCUCAGCAAACUAUCAGCCAAACUAGAUGCUAUUUGCUACUUACAUGUUAUUUUACCCACCCUUUACAAAAAGAAAACACCUGAAAGCAGCUUCCAAAGGCUGCAGAACUGAGUGAAGGAAUGGAAAGGGCUGCUUAAAAUCACCCUCCAUCCCCCCCUGCCCCCACUGCUUUUUCCCCUACAAGGGAAAAAUAUGGGAUGCAACAAAUCAGUGGGGGCUGGUCCCUUAAGAUGAGUGGAGCACAACUCCAACAGCCUCAGUUGGCGCUCAUUCAACUCCUACCUGUCUCUUCUUACUUACAACUAAAUGUGGGAAGGCCUGGGAAGGCCUGGGGUGGGGGAACGGGGGGGGGCGAUAUGUGGAAUAUUAAAACUAUAUCAAACUGGUUUUUGUUUUUAUUUUUCCGGGAGGGAAACGGCUUUGGAAAAAAUGGGGGGGACUGGUUUCCCCCCAAUUUUUCUGGUUUUUUUCCAGGCCUUCCCAUCUCUACUUACAACCAAUUCAGGGGUGUGGCUUUGCCUGAGGCAGCUUAUUCUUCCUCCUCAAUUUCAGUACUUCUGGUGGGAGGAGGAUGGGGACGAGGCAAAACUAAAAUUAGUUGUCUCUAGGCUGCCAUUGGGAUGCGGGUGGCACUGUGGUCUAAACCACUGAGCCUUGGGCUUGCCGGUCGGAAGGUCGGCGGUUCAAAUCCUCGCGGCGGGGUGAGCUCCCGUUGCUUGGUCCCAGCUCCUGCCAACCUAGCAGUUCGAAAGCACGUCAAAGUGUAAGUAGAUAAAUAGGUACCACUCCGGCGGGAAGGUAAACAGCAUUUCCAUGCGCUGCUCUGGUUUCGCCAGAAGCUGCUUAGUCAUGCUGGCUGCAUGACUCGGAAAAACUGUCUGCAGACAAACCUCGGCUCCCUUGGCCAGUAAAGUGAGAUGAGCGCCACAACCCCAGAGUCAUUCACGACUGGACUUAACUGUCAGGGGUCCUUUACCUUUACCUUUAGGCUGCCAAUGGCUCUGGCUCCCCCUACUGUUGGCCUCCCUGCUUUCCGCUCUACUGGUCCUAAUGGGCAGCAGCCACCAUGGUAAGAAAUAGCCUGUAACUCUGGAGGUGAUUUUCAAUUGUCAAGAUCCUUGUCUGCCUUGUCUGCCCUUCUGCUCAGCCUGAAGGCAGUUUUCCUCAACUUUAAACCAUUUAUAGCUCACCCCUACCCACCCCCCACUUUUUUUAAAAACCCAGGGGCCAUAGUCACCCUGCUCCCAACUAGCCACACUCUCACACAGCUCCUUUCGCAUGCACACACAUCACACAGAUGAUUCAUGCAGAUGAACAAUGGACCACAAGCCACUGUUGCCAAAAUCAGUGGGGUCUGGUGACAGGGGGUAGAAAGAUUUUCUGUGUGAACCAUAUCAGGCCCCUGGCUAGGGGAAGUAUAGCUAGGUUUGUCCGAGAAAACCUAUGUCACUUGAACUCUGUUUGAUGUGCUGUAGGUGUACGGAAUUGCCCUCAUCCUCCUCAUUGAUUCACCCAUCAGAGCAUCCAUCUUCCCAUUCCUCUUCAUCAGCACAUUGCAUUUCCCCCCUCCAUAAUACAUGUGUGUGUGUUUUUUGGAGCUUGGUCAAGAGUACCCAACAAGGAAGACCCAACAAUCUGAAUGAGAAAACUUGAAAUAUGAAUUGUGUCCCUGCGGUUUCCUUUCAGUGGCCUGGCUAUCUUUCUUCUGUUCCGCAGAGGGAUAAACCAGUUUGAGGCGGCUUCUCCUCACGCACCUCAUGUUCUCUGGCAGAGCAUGAGGUACCUUUGCCAUUUUUCAUAAAGGUUAAGUAAUCAUCACCACCAACAGUAAACUCAAGAGGUUGAGUCCUUGGGCUGAGUCCCAGGGCUGCCGAAAUUAAGUCAGGCAUUUCUCCAUAGUUUGAGGAUGCAGAACAAUAUAUACAGUGGUACCUCGCAAGACGAAUGCCUCGCAAGACGAAAAACUCGCAAGACGAAAGAGUUUUUCGUUUUUUGAGUUGCUUCGCAAGACGAAUUUCCCUAUGGGCUUGCUUCGCAAGACGAAAAUGUCUUGCAAGUUUGUUUCCUUUUGGAUUUUCAAUGCAUUCCUAUGGGAAACCGUGCUUCGCAAGAUGAAAAAUUCGCAAGACGAAAAAACUCGCAGAACGAAUUAAUUUCGUCUUGCGAGGCACCACUGUAAUUAACAAACAAAAAUUUAUGAACUAAAAAGUCCACAAUGGCCUGAGAGGGACCUGUGAGCUUCCACAUUUAUAGAAUGCCAAUGGGAAAUUGAUCAAACAUGGAGAGGCUGAAUUUGUACAUAGCGAUGAUACACUAUGAUUUAUUAUUACACAAACAAACCUCAGCCUUGUGCCUUCCCCUCAUCAUUUGCCUGGUGUGUGGUAAGACAGCCAAGUGCCACAGCUUUGGGGUUGGGAGGAACUGCUGACGUAUUUUUCGAGGAUCCGGUGAUAUUAUUUAUUGUGUCUUAGCCCACCAUUUCCUCUGAGGAGUUCAGGAUAGUGUACAUUGUUCCCCUUACAUUUUAUACCCACAAUAACCCCGGCAGGUAGGCUAGGAAGAGAGAUAGCGAGUAGCCCAAGUCCGCUCUGCGGGCUUCAUGGCAAAGUGAGGAUUUGAACACAGAUCCCUGAAAUCAACACUCUAAUGAUUGCAUUACGCUGGCAGUUUUGCCAUGUGAAUUACUCUCUCCCCCACCCCACCCAGAUCAUAUGGCUACUUCAUCUCACUCAGCUGUUGAGAAGAACCACCUUUCUACCCAAAAAAGAGAGAACAAAAUAGCCCAAAGCGUGAAUCAGGCCUUACAAAAUAAGCGAGGUGAUGCGUUUUAUUAGAUUAGCACGUGCAAGAGGAAUUGAUGGUGUUCCAGAUGUUGGUGGGCUCCAAGGGUGGGUUGAUGAUUCGAACUCCCAUCAGCCCCAGGCAGCACGGCCAACAGCCAGGGAUGGUGGGAGCUGGAGCCCAGAAACACCUGGAGGGUACCAGACUAGGUGCGAUGGUGGUGUGCUCCCUCCACUGUCAGAAGCAGCCUGCCUUCAGACACCAGUUGUUGGGAAGCCACAGGUGAGGAGAGUGGUGUUUCUGCUCAGGUGCUUCUUCUGGGCUUCUGGGUACCCUGUCGGCUGGGCCAAGAUGAGCACUUGGCCUCCCUUCUUAACAUUUUUGUGGAAUGCUUUGAGGGGCAUGGCAGCCAACGUCCCACCCAAAGGGAAACAAGACCUGGGCUGAGAGCCUUGGCAUGAGGAAGCCUCUACAAGGGAAGGGUAACCGGAGUCGUGCUUAAUAGACCAUUCCGUUUUUCUCCAUAGAGAUUACAAUGGACAGUAACAGUGAAGGUGCUCGGUCAGGUAGUGAGGGGCAUAGUUCCCCCCUAAGAGAAGAUGCUUAUUAUCGCAGCAUUGGCGGACACAGGAAAUGGUGCCGGCAACGUACCGUGGCCUCUGACUAUAGAUACGGUAUGCCAAAACCCUUCUUCGUCCUUUGUGCCAAACCAAAAAGGGCUGCUUUUUUCAGAGCUGCGUGUGAAAUGAGCGCCAUCUCUGUAUGUCGACGUUGCAUGCCACGCCGAAUGCCGAGGCCGCCCCUCCCUCGCCCCCUCUUUGAUAAGGCAAGUCUUGUCCUGCUUUCCUUUCCCCUCUUUACGAACAGGUAAGUUUUGCUUAGGGAGGAGAAAGCUUUAUGGUCAUCUGGCCCCAUUCCCUGCCCAUGCCAUCAGCUUUCCACAUUGAAACGAGUCAAAAGCACCCCCCAUUGCAUGAACCCCAUCCUCUCUCUGCCCCCCUCCCCCCCACCUUUCUACUUGGCUGUGCAAUCCCAAUGGACAUGAUCCAAGCACAUAACUGCUUUCUUGUACCCUCACCUUAAGUGCUUCUGUUGCCGAAAUGCAGGUGCAGGAUGCUCAAGUGGGAGCCAAUCGACAAUACCAGGGCAGUGAGCAGAUUCUGAUCAUGCAGCCCCGUGACACACCAUUGCUUUGGGGGGAAAUCCUAAUAACUUGGUGGGAGGUGUGUCCAAGAAAGCAUGCACAUGGUUAGGCUUUCUCUCUGAGAAUUUCAAAUUUAAUUAAUGUCCAAGUCUGGCAGAAUCCUGCAUGCGGAUAGGAUUUGGUUCACCUCUGAAAAUGUCAUGGAGCCCCGCUGUUAGUGGAGCUCAGAUCUGAACGUCAGGCCUCCCUGCUACCAAAAUGGCGCUGAGGCCAUGUAGACCAAUACCAAGCACUGCCGAAAUCAACGGGACUUGCUUGCAAGAAGGGUGUGGUCUUGAUUCAAAACAGGGAUGCUUUUAUCUCUGAGCAUUCUGGAGGCGUGUAAUGCAACGCAGUGCAAACUCAAGAAUGGGGGAGAACAGAAAAGAAUUAUUACAAGGAGGUAAAUCCUCUUUUCCCUGGGCACAGGCCACAUCCCAGAGGCAUCUUGCCGCCAUUUUGUUUUGGGAAGCGUUAAGUGGGGAGGCACCAUGAAAAUGAAUUUGUUUUCAUUCCUCAGUGGGCCUAAUAAAAGUAAACUUUUGUGCACCUAGGUGGAGAACUUGUGGUUCUCCAAAUGUUGUUGCAUUACAACUCCCAUCAUCCCUGACUACUGGCCAUGUUGGCAGAAGUCAAUGGGAGUUGAACAACAUCUGGAGAGCCACAGGUUCCCCAUCCCAUGGCCUAGAGUCUCCCUCUCUUUCUUUCCCCACCAUCUUGGUUUGGCAACUUACUUCUGGUGUGUGCAUGUGUGUGUCUGUGUUUAGGGGGUGUGGUCCUCAUAUACCCCUCUGUCCCAUAUGCUACCCCCUUGUCCACAUUCCCACCUGCUUUACAAGAAAAAGCAAAUACAAAGAACAAAUGCAAGGCUUUGGGGCUGGCCUUCCUUCCCCUCAUUGUCUGGCUGCCAUGCAUUUUGUCUGCCCUCCUGCUGCUUGGAAAUGACGUUUCAGUAACUUUCCUCCUUGAAAAGGCGGCACCUCUCCGAAAAUGUGGUGUUCUGUUGAACAAAAAAUACGUAUAUGCAAAAGGCAUUGGGGGAUGCCAGUGGUGAAUGUUGACCUUGAACGACUGAGGCGAGCAGCCGGGUCCUGCUAGUGGCAGCCACGUCUCAUGCAGGUGUGCCCAUGGCAGAUAUGUCCCCUGUAUGCGCAGUCUUCUUUGUUUGUGAACAGGACCGGCCACUUUGUGGGAUACCACCAUGUGCCACCUCAGCGUGGGUCGAGUGGUGGCAAUGUUGCAGAUUCUUCUAAUGCAAGAAUGGGGGACCUCUGGCCCUCCAAAUGUUAUUGGAAUUUCUGGCUGAUGGGAGCUGGGAAUCUAACAACAUUUUGAGGCCCACAUGUUACCCCAUCCCUCUCUAAUGGGAAAUGAAUUAGACCCUCUUACAUAUACUUCUACUGGCAUGGCUGGUGUUCCCUCCACAGAUACUCCCUUGCCAGUCUUGGUAAGUAUAAAGGCUUCCUUAAGCACACAAGGAAGACCACAUGGGCAGCAUCCUUUAGACUUCUCUGUGUGGGUCUGCUGGAAACCACUGAAAUCAGUGUGCCGACAAAGAUACAUGCACUUACCUUCCUAUGUGGUGUCAAGGAAUCGCAUCAAGGGGGUGUGAUCAAAUUGCCAUUGAAUUGCAGGCGCCAGGCCUAGGGCUACACUUGAUGGUGUGGGGUUGCAUUGAGGUAGUGCUGAACUGCAGAAAAGGUCAUUACACCCCACCCAAGAAGUAUUAGCCAUACAACUAGAGGUGUCAAGAGCUUCAUACCCAGCUUUGCUUGGGAAUCCUAAGAAACUCAAAAAAUCUGUGCAUUUUUUAAUUCGGUGGUUGAAAUCAUUGCUGUUUUGGAAGGUUCAGUCUUCAUUCAAAAUGGCAUUCAAUUGUAUCCAUGGAACUAUAACGCAGAAUUUGGUUAAAAGCAAAACAUUCCUUUUUUGCAUCUAGGCCAGCCCCAGAUCCAGCACACUGUUAAGGCAGGCAUUGAUGGACUCCAACUCCCAUCAGCCCCAGCCAAACAACAUCUGGAUGGCCACAGGUUCCCCAUCCCAUGCACAAAAGCUGAAUGGGAUCUCAGCAUGUCACUUGUCUUAAGUUCCUUGGAUUCCCAAGGGAAUGGCAUGGACACUGUCUGCUGUGGAUUGCAUCCAUAAUAUAGACUAGAGUGUUUCUGGUCAGUUCUCAAGUGUGGUCUUCUUGUGCAUAGACAGCCACUUUGACCUGGCGAGGGCAUGUUCAGGGGAGCUAAAAGCUAAUAAAGGCCAACCGCUCUGCUCAAUAAAUGGUAUCUAAAGUUGCAGUAAGACUUUUCUCUGUAGCUAUCUAUGCAUUGAAAGUUUCUGUGGUACCAUUUUGCCAUGGGCCUCACUGCAGAUUCGGUCCAGGUGUCUUGCUUGGAGCACUUCACUCAUCAAAGAGACUCUGAUCUAAACACUUGAGCUAGGGAAAUGGGAAUGGGGAACUAAGAGGCCCUUCCCACAGUUAUUAUCCCAUCACCAGUUAUGAAGUCCUCACAAGUCGACUUUCCUUGUGAACGCACCAGCACUUGCUUUGGUUAAUGCUCAUCGCCACUUGGAAAAAAAUAAUUGAAACCAGUCGAAGUUAGAGGAAGGCAUAUGGGGUUGGGGGAGGGAUGCCAACACAGAGAGUAUUCAGGAAAUUAGUCUGCAAUGGCCAAAUAUUCUGCAAAAGUCAAUGUGAUGUGAUAUCAUGUGAUGACUUUGAUUGUAAAAUUGUGCGGGAUUGUGUGAAUAGCAUGGGCUGCAAGUGGGAGAUGGAUGGAGGAAUAGUUUUUUAUUAAUAUUUAUUUUUUAUUACACUUAUAUCCUGCCUUUCAUCCUAGAAGCUCAAGGCAGCCUAUGUGAUUUCCCCUCCCCGCCCCCCACAAAAUUAUCCUCAAAACAAUCCUGUGUGAUAGAUUAGACUGAGAGACUGCUUCUAUUGACCGAAGGUCACCUACAGAGCUAAUGGGUAGGAGUUGGACCCUUCUGAUCUGCAGCACAGGGUAACAGUGCAGGAGGGGUGCUGUUAAGGUACCUAGCAAACACCCCUGCAGUGUAGCUUCCAAGCUUCUGUCUCUGGAGCAAGGAGGCAGGAGAAGCUGAAGGCAGGGACUGGUGGACUGUAAACAUGCCAAUCUGCAGAAGCCCUCCUGCCAACUGCAAAUUCCUCUGGUGGUUGGGGACACAAUAGCCCGGGUUCCAGUCUUACCCCUCCAGGCAGAAGGAGAUCAGCUAAUUUAUUGCUGGAGAGAGCAAGUAGUUCUAGCACCCCAACUUGGCAAUUAAAGAAAUCACCCUGGCUUUGGGCACUUUGAGGUAUAUGUUUUCAGGACCCACAUUAUGUUUAUGGUUGUAAGUUGCUUUAAAUGGUUUGUAAUAUCGUUUUAAUGCUGUCCCUCACCCUGGGACCUUAUGGAGAAGGGUGGGCAAUAAACAAACAAAUAAAUAGUUUUGUCCUCUGGAGGGAAUGAUAUAAAAACUGGUAUGGCCAAAGGGAAUAGCAGUAGCUAUUAAAAAUGUCCACCCACGUCCAGGCACCACCCACCCACAAGAGGGACGGAUUGGGGGAACCUUAAGAUUUGCAGAAUAAUGAAAGCAACUUUAAUUGGGUGGGUGGGAGAUCCAAGUUGAAGGGGCUCAAAGCAGUGUGCUCAGUGGCCACAGGAUUCUGACUUACUGGGGUUGGGGGGUGGGAUACAGGGUGGAGGAGGGGAAAUUGAACUGGAUGAUUGGAAUCCUGAACAGCAACACAAUACACUGCAAACUUUUGUUGCAAGUUCCACUUAUUAUUCUCUCCCCGGGGCCUCCGCUUUACUGCAACCAAGCCUUAAGGCUGCCUGGUCAUUUCAUGCCACUUAUUAUGAAUAUUUUUCAUAAUAGAUGUGAGAUCGUCCCAAGGGGAGGUUACACUCAGAAGAAAAAGACAAGCAGAUUUGGAAACGAUGGUUAGAACUGAAAUGGAAACGCAAUACAUUCCAUCUCGCUCAUGGACACAAAGGCAGGGUGUGUGGACUGUUGGGAAAUGAGGGUCUUGACACAGCUGCCACAUCAUAGCAGGGUUAAAUGUGUGGCCAGAGCCAAUCUGAUCACCAAAUAGAUGUCCCCAAAACCAUGUACCAUAGUGGGGGUCAGGCGCUGAGUACUCAAGCAGAGCUGUAGUUUUAGGCCCGUGUUAGCAACUGGCUGUACCUGUUGUUCAUAAACUGGAGCGAGGCAACCUGUCCACUAGGGAGGGGCUAAUCUGUCCAGUUGGGAUCCUCACAGUUUUCCAGCAUUGCGAUCUUCACAUCAAUUCGCUUUUUCUUUUUGAGUCCUCAUUAAGACAGGGACGCGGGUGGUGCUGUGGGUUAAACCACAGAGCCUAGGGCUUGCUGUUCAGAAAGUUGGCAGUUCGAAUCCCCGCAAUGGGGUGAGCUCCCGUUGCUCGGUCCCAGCUCCUGCCAACCUAGCAGUUCGAAAGCACGUCAAAGUGCAAGUAGAUAAAUAGGUACCGCUCCGGUGGGAAGGUAAACAGCAUUUCCGUGUGCUGCUCUGGUUCACCAGAAGCGGCUUAGUCAUACUGGUCACAAGACCCGGAAGCUGUACACCGGCUCCCUCAGCCAAUAAAGCGAGAUGAGCGCCGCAACCCCAGAGUCGGUCAGGACUGGACCUAAUGGUCAGGGGUCCCUUUACCUUUACCUCAUUAAAACAAGCUUUUCAGUGUGAAUUUCUCCUAAUCUAUGCAUUUCUGUAUGCAAUUUCCCCUAAGCUACACAAUAGGAAAAGCAUCCCCCUCCCCUGUGUGAAGCAUUUUUGUAUCUCUGCCUGUGCAUUGUUUCAGGAAGUGCAAAUCAAGGUUUGGUUUAAAUGCAAGCUGUAUCAAAUACCACCCACCCCUGUGCCAUCCACAGUGUCCACGUGAGCACUGACAGCUGCGAUGAGCAGCAGACUAAAAUGCAGGGUUGCUAUAGGAUAGCCAUGACCUUGUGUCUAACUAUACAGAGGACAGUCCUCUAUUUGAACAUGUCCACCCUUUCAUAGAAUCAUAGAGUUGGAAGAGACCACAAGGGCCAUCGAGUCCAAGCCCCUGCCAAGCAGGAAACACCAUCAGAGCACUCCUGACAUAUGGUUGUCAAGCCUCUGCUUAAAGACCUCCAAAAAAAGGAGACUCCACCACACUCCUUGGCAGCAAAUUCCACUGUCAAACAGCUCUUACUGUCAGGAAGUUCUUCCUAAUGUUUAGGUGGAAUCUUCUUUCUUGUAGUUUGGAUCCAUUGCUCCGUGUCCGCUUCUCUGGAGCAGCAGAAAACAACCUUUCUCCCUCCUCUAUGUGACAUCCUUUUAUAUAUUUGAACAUGGCUAUCAUAUCACCCCUUAACCUCCUCUUCUCCAGGCUAAACAUGCCCAGCUCCCUUAGCCGUUCCUCAUAAGGCAUCGUUUCCAGGCCUUUGACCAUUUUGGUUGCCCUCCUCUGGACACGUUCCAGUUUGUCAGUGUCCUUCUUGAACUGUGGUGCCCAGAACUGGACACAGUACUCCAGGUGAGGUCUGACCAGAGCAGAAUACAGUGGCACUAUUACUUCCCUUGAUCUAGAUGCUAUACUCCUAUUGAUGCAGCCCAGAAUUGCAUUGGCUUUUUUACCUGCCGCGUCACACUGUUGGCUCAUGUCAAGUUUGUGGUCAACCAAGACUCCUAGAUCCUUUUCACAUGUACUGCUCUCAAGCCAGGUGUCACCCAUCUUGUAUUUGUGCCUCUCAUUUUUUUUUGCCCAAGUGCAAUACUUUACAUUUCUCCCUGUUAAAAUUCAUCUUGUUUGUUUUGGCCCAGUUCUCUAAUCUGUCAAUCAUCCAAGUCGUUGAUAAAGAUGUUGAAUAAGACCGGGCCCAAGACAGAACCCUGUGGCACCCCACUAGUCACUCUUCUCCAGGAUGAAGAGGAACCAUUGAUGAGCACCCUUUGGGUUCGGUCAGUCAGCCAGUUACAAAUCCACUGAGUGGUAGCAUAGUCAAGACCGCAUUUUACCAGCUUGGAUGUCACCCUUUGAUGAUGAUGAUGAUUAAAAUGAUUUAUUGUUUGUACCUUGCCCAUCUGGCUGGGUUUGAAGGGCUCUCCAGUCCAAACCCGCUUUCAACACAAAUAAAUAAUGACAACGAUAAUUUCUAUACAGUCAUACCUCUAGUUGCGUUGGGUUCAUGUUGCGGAUUUUCGGGUUGCGAACGCGGCAAACCCAGAAGUGUAUACUUCCAGGUUUUGCCGCAUGCACAGAAGCAUUCUGCACGCUUUGCGCAUGCACAGAAGUGCUCUUUUGCACUCCGUGCUUGUGCAGAAACACUACUCUAGUUGUGGACUUUUCGGGGUGCAAACAGCACCCCGGAAUGGACCGUGUCCGCAACUAGAGGUAACACUGUAGUUGGAAGCGACCACAAGAAUCAUCUAGUCCAACCCCCUGCAAUGCAGGGAUCUUUUUGCCCAGUGUGAGACUUGAACCCACAACCCUGACAUCAAGAGCCUCAUGCACUGCCAACUGAACUAUAAACCAAGUCAGGUUUAAAGUUAUUAAUGUAUGCUAAGAAGGGAGAGCAGCGGCCAGGGCAAGCACACAAGGACCACCGGGACACACGUCUCCCUUGCUGUGGUGAGCUGUAUUGCAUUUCUAUUUCACUUGCAGCCGUGAUUCCCAAAUUUGCAUCUGUUCCUAUAAAUUAGCAAGUGUAAGUUUUAUGCAAAAAUCUGUGUCCUCUUUCUCUAAUUUCACGUUGCAUAAAUGUCCACUCUAAAUUGCUUACGACACAGACAUUGGGCCUCUGCUUUUGGUGCCAGUGCUUUUUGUGGCUAGAGCAAGAAUGUUCUGCCCUCUCCCAUUGUACCAUAACUUGGGCUCAUCUAAUAAAAUUGCUUCUGGCAGCACACUCAGGAUAAGCAAAAUAAAGUACUGCCUUCACACAGCCUUUGAUUAACUUACGGAACUCUCUGCCACAAGAUGUGAGGAGGACUAGUAGCUUGGGUGGCUUUAAAAGGGGGGAAUAGACAAGCUGUUAAUCAUGACAGCUUAAUAAAUCCUUCAUGUUUUGAGGUACUGUGCCUCUGAAUAUCAGCUGCUGAAGGCUAUUUCAUUCAUGCUCUGCUUGUGGCCUUCUCAGAAGCAUUAAAUUAGCCUUUGACAGAUGGAUGGUGCUGAACUAUGUGGGCCUCUGUCUUGAUCCAGGAGGUCUCUUCCUAUGUUCUCACAUCCUCUGUCUAUUUUGCAUCCUAGGAACAAGUUGGGGUCUUUGCUGAAUGUGAUUGAGAGGCGCCUGCAUGGAGGGCUGUCAAAGAUCAUCUCGCAAUGCUGCUCCCUCACGCGUACUUGAACUUUCUUUCUGGCCUCUGGCCUUGAUUUUGCAGAUGGGUACUGUAGCCGAGAGCGUCUGUCCCCAGAGAUUUAUGAAGAAUCCGAAACUGACCCUGGUGCAGAGGAGGUUUCCACGCGGAUCUUCGUUGCCCUUUUCGACUAUGACCCACUGACCAUGUCUCCCAAUCCUGAUGCGGCUGAAGAGGAGCUCCCGUUUAAAGAAGGGCAGAUUAUCAAGGUAUGGCUUGUGAAGCAGAAGCAGAGCACACUCAUGCAGGAUUGAGGCUAGAACCAGUUAUGGCUGCUACCAGUGGGGGCCAGUCUGUGAGGGCUGAAGGAGCACCACCCCACCAACCAGAAUGUGCAUUCAGCCAGCCCUCACUUGCCUGUUCUCCUACACACACGUAGUACAUGGGAUGUCCUUGGCUGCCACGUUCCACCUUCGAAUCAUAGAAUCAUGGAAUUGAAGAGUUGGAAGGGAGCCUGAGAGCAAUCUAGUCUCACCCCCAGCAAUGCAGGAAUCUCAACUGAAGUAGCCAUGGCAAAUGGUCACCCAGCCACUGCUUAGAAACCUCCAAGGUGUCAGGCUUCAGGGAAUCAGCUUCCUUCCGCCUUGGCAGCAGAUAAGCAGAACAAAGGAAAAGGAGUCGUCUUACCAGUUAGAAUCUUUAAUAAUCACAGUGAGACACAACAGAACACAUCUCUCUAGAAUGGCGGUGCUCCCAAUUAAGGUUCACUCCCCUUGCAUCCCUAUUAAUCUACAUCACUCCUACGUCUUGUAACCUUGUGCUCUCUGUGCUUUCAGUUUGGAGACUUUCUGAGCCCUUCUAGAUGGGGGUGGGGAAGGAAUGCUAUCCAGCGACUGUAAAUCUGUUAACCCUCCUCCUCCCAGUGUUUUUUCUCCUAGCUGUUCCCCAUCCAGUAUUUCCCAGCUUCUGCCUUCUGAACUAUGCCCCUCUGCAAACCACGGUUCCAAAUCUAUACUGUCCUCCUGCUCCUGGGGAGAUUCGGGGUUGGAGGGAGGCGGCGGCUCCCACCAUGCCUCCUCAGCACAGUGCCUGACACAAGGAAAUAAAGUCCACCACCUUCCAAGGGAGUCCCAUCCCACUGUCAAACACCUCUUACUGUCAGAAAGUUCUUCCUGGUGUUUUGUCAGAAUCUCCUUUGGUCUCUGUGUGAACCAUUGUAGAAUUCAGCAGGGGGGGGGGAUGUUGGUGUUGGGGCAGGACUAGAAUUAGUUGGCUCUGCAAAGAGGUUGAGGGAACCUUUUUUUUCAUAUGUGGUGGACUUGUAAAAAGGUAAAAGAGUAUUGGGAAAUGAUCCAUAAUGAAUUGAAAAAAUUGUUUAAAAGUACUUUCCCAAAAAAAAACAGAGUCCUUUCUGUUGGGGAUAAUUCAGACAGACAUUCCCAGGUGUCAAAAAAGGUUAUUUAUGUAUGCCACUACUGUGGCCCAUGUUUGGUUAGCCCAAAAAUGAAAAACAAUUGAGAUCCCAACUAAAGAAGAAUGCCAACUUAAGCUGACAGAAUAUGUGCAGCUUGCAGACUUAACAUAUAGAAUAAGAGAACAAGAAGAGCAUACGUUUAGAGAAGAUUGGAAAACGUUUAUUUAAUAUAUGGAAAAUGACUGUGUAUAGCUGAAAACACUGGCAGCACUGAGAUAAAUUCAACAGUGUAAAUAAGUUAUGAUGGUUGUAAUCAUGGAAUACUAAAUGGUAUCGUUUCUGUAAAAUAUGCUGGGAUUUAUGAUAUGUAAAAUGAACCAUGGAAAGAGAAGAAGGAAAGUCAUUGAUAUCUUAAGGAUGUAUAAAUGAGUACUUUGAAUUGUAAAACAGUCAUCUGCUGUUUGGGCUUCUUGCUUUCCACUCCACCAGUCCCACUGGCUGGUUCUUGGAAGGCAAGGUGGUGCCAGAGCCAGCAGUAGGCAGAGCUAGCCGAUUCUAGUUGUGGAACUCCCUCCCAUCAGAGGUGCCUUUGCCACCUUAAUUGUACAGCUUUUGGAGAAUGCUGAAGUCUCACUUGUUUACUCGCCUGGUGUUGGACAUUUGAGGUGCAUGUUUAUAGGACCCACCUUUUAUAAUUUUAAGUUGUUUAAACAGUCUUUAAUAUUGUGCAGUAUUGUAAUGCGGGUGGCGCUGUGGGUUAAACCACAAAGCCUAGAGCUCGCUGAUCAAAGAGUCGGCGGUUCGAAUCCCCGCGACGGGGUGAGCUCCCAUUGUUCGGUCCCUGCUUCUGCCAACCUAGCAGUUCGAAAGCACGUCAAAGUACAAGUAGAUAAAUAGGUACCGCUCCGGCAGGAAGGUAAACAGCGUUUCCGUGCGCUGCUCUGGUUCGCCAGAAGUGGCUUAGUCAUGCUGGCCACAUGACCCAGAAGCUGUAUGCUGGCUCCCUCGGCCAAUAAAGCGAGAUGAGCGCCGCAACCCCAGAGUCGUCCGCGACUGGACCUAAUGGUCAGGGGUCCCUUUACCGUUACCUUUACCUUGGGACUUCAGGAGGAAAGCUGGGAAAUUUAUUGUUGUUGUUGUUAUUGUUAUUUUUAAAAAGUUAUUUAUACCCCGUCCAGCUGGCCAGGUUUCCCCAGCCGCUCUGGGUGAUUCCAAUAAUAAUAAUAAUAAUAAUAAUAAUAAUGCGAUAAAACAUCAGACAUUAAAACUUCCCUAAACUGGGCUGCCUUCAGAUGCCUUCAAAAAGUCAGAUAGUUGUUUAUUUCCUUGACAAACAAACAACAAAUAACAAACAAACUUCAGAAAUGCCUAACUGCUUGGUCAAACUGAGUAAGUCAUUUGUUUGUUUUCUCACCCCUCAUCAACAUCAGGUGUACGGCGAUAAAGACGUUGAUGGAUUUUACCGGGGGGAAACCUGCGCGAGGCUGGGCCUUAUUCCUUGCAAUAUGGUCUCUGAAAUCCAAGCCGAUGACGAAGCUAUGAUGGAGCAGCUUCUGAAGCAAGGGUUCCUCCCUCUGAACACCCCUGUGGAGAAAAUAGGUAAGGGAGGCCACCGGUAGCUGUCAUCACGCCGUUGGGACUCUGUCUGCAACAGUUGUAGAAAUGCUCCCCAGUUCAGCAGUAGGCCUGAGGUCAAGUAGGAUAUAUCUGUCCAGAGCCAAGGUAGGGAACCUCUCAACCCAAGGGCCGCAUUAGGUCUUGGGGGCCAAGGCCAAAGUGGGCAGGGCAGCAAAUGCCUAUUUGGCCUUUGCACAGUAGACUGGUUUCUGCACGCACACCUCGCUAUCCGGAGAAGUGCUAGGCAUUACCCAGAGUUCAAGGACACAUUCCAGCCAGGCAAAACCACUUUGGGUGCCAAGGAGGGCCUGUGAGGGGUGUGGCCUCAGGAGGAGACUACCGAGUUCCAGAUAGAGAGACCCUGGGGGGCUGGCCUUUGGUCUUUGGCCUUUAGGCUUCCCACUCCUGGUGAACGCGAAUAAGGGCUAACGAAACUCAAAUAGAAAUGUUUGUUCCCCCCUAUUGAGACCUUUAAAACACAACCACUGCCAACAAUUCAUCGGUUCAAAGAUGUCGAUCUUCCGAAUGGUUAGAGUCUGCAUGGCAUGUUCUGCAUUGCCUGUUGGUCUGGGUCCCCCUGCUUGUUGUUCCCAUCGGAGACCGCUGCCUGCAGCUCUGAGUCAUGGCCUGAAUCGCACAAUAUUCUGGACCAGGCAGGUCAUCACUGUGUAGGAAACAGAAGUAGUCUUCAGAAUAAGCUCAGGUUCAAAAACUAGAGAGGCAAAGGGCCAAAUUAGAUGUAAUGUUAAUUGCUUGGUAACAUGCACAUUCUUCAGUUAUGUAAAUAGCAGCUGUGGGACAGCCUGAGCUGUCUUGGGACUACGGGGGGUUUAACUUUCUGUCCUCCCCACACUACACCCUCCCCAAGGGGGCACCCAAAGGAGCUUUCCUUGGAAGACAAACAAUAGCUUCCAUCUAUUUUUGUCAGCAGAGGUUGAAAGAAGCUGGCUGCACACAUUUAAAGCACCUGACCUCCCCCCAAAAUCCCGGGAACUGUAGUUCACUCCUCACGGGGAUACAUUCCCAGCACCCUUGGCAAACUACAGUUCCCAAAGUUCUUUUUGGCAGGAGAGCGAGCAAGAAAUGUGCUUCAAAUGCAUGGGUUCGCUGCAGCUGCUUAUUUAGAAAACAAAAAAUGUGCGCCUUCCAUGCAGCUAAUGUGGCUAGUUUGGCCAGGAACCUUAAGUUUUUGUUGUUUUAAAGGAAGUAUAAUGGUUUAACUCCUUUGGCCUGGAAGGGGUUUGGGGAGGUGGGUUGGAAUCUGAUUUUGAUCCUCUGUUGUUCAUGUUGGGGUCUCCUUUGAUCCUGAGGAUGUGGAAAAGCAAACCAACCCCUUGACCAUGCUGGAUUACACCACCCUCAGUGCAACAAUGGCUCUGUGAUAAAGACAAACACAUGGGGUGGUUAAAAGGAGGUGCUGCUUUGCCACCCAACUGGUCUCGGUCCUUGAAAGUCCACAUUUUGAAAGUGCCGUACCUCCCUUCUUAACAGCUUCAUAUCUUCUCUUCUUUUGUUUGUUCUUUUCCCGAAGUCAACUGCAACCGUUUCAAAGAGAGCUCACACUCUGCACACCGCAGGUCCAGAAAGUCCAAAAGAGGUCUGUGCUUAAAACCAACCAACCCCCAACCCAACAACCUGAUUCAAGCUGUUGACGAAGCAAAGUGCUUUGAGCUGGCUUGUUUGAUACUCCUUUUAGGCAUCCCAUCAGAUACUGGCAGCAGAAAGGGUGUUCCUCACCUGUAAAAUGUGAGCAUUCAUUAGGUGCCUCUGGUCUGGUCAUUGUGCAGCUCUGCUGGCUACUUUUAUGAGUUCUGAGUUAGAAUCUUUUGCCCAACAUGGGGCUCAAACCCACAACCCUGAGAUUAAGUCCCUCAUGGAGAAUGGAGUUCCGCAGAGCUUAUCUGCUGGUCCCCCUGCCCGUAGGGGUUGGGUACAUUCAAAGCUGGGCAGCAGAAGGUUUUGUUGUUGUUCUGCUGCUAAAGCCUCCCUUACCUAGGUUGUUUCUGCAGUGACGGUGGGAUGGACUCAAGGGUGUGCUGCCUCUUCCAUUUCCACCGCCCGAGGCAGCUGCCUCACCCUGCAUCAUGGGUGGGCCGGCUCUGGCAGGAAAAUCAUUCAUAUGGUCUUGUAAGCAAUUCUCCAAUGGUCUGGGGGGUGAGGAAGUUUGGAAGCUACUGGCCUAGAAUAUCCCCCACAGAAUUCCACAGCAGAAUCAGAGAGUUGUAGAGCAGGAAGGGACCUCGCAGGUCACCUACCAACCCCCUGCAAUGCAGGAAUCACAACCAAAGGGUUCCUGAUGGGUGGCCAGCCCACCUCUGUUUUAAAGAAGCCUAUAGUCAAGGGAGGGACGCGGGUGGUGCUGUGGGUAAAACCUCAGUGCCUAGGACUUGCCGAUCGCAUGGUCGGCGGUUCGAAUCCCUGCGGCGGGGUAGGCUCCCGUCGUUCGGUCCCAGCUCCUGCCCACCUAGCAGUUCGAAAGCACCCUUAAGUGCAAGUAGAUAAAUAGGUACCGCUUUAUAGCGGGAAGGUAAACGGCAUUUCUGUGUGCUGCUCUGGUGCCGGUUCGCCGGAGCAGCUUCAUCAUGCUGGCCACGUGACCCGGAAGUGUCUGCGGACAGCGCUGGCUCCCGGCCUCUAGAGUGAGAUGAGCGCACAACCGUAGAGUCUGUCAAGACUGGCCUGUACGGGCAGGGGUACCUUUACCUUUAUAGUGAAGGGAGGGACGUGGGUGGUGCUGUGGGUUAAACCACAGAGCCUAGGACUUGCUGAUCAGAAGGUUGGCGGUUCGAAUCCCCGCAAUGAGGUGAGCUCCUGUUCAAAUCCCCGCAAUGGGGUGAGCUCCCGUUGCUCGGUCCCUGCUCCUGCCAACCUAGCAGUUCGAAAGCACAUCAAAGUGCAAGCGGAUAAAUAGGUACCGCUCCGGCGGGAAGGUAAACAGCGUUUCUGUGCGCUGCUCUGGUUCACCAGAAGCGGCUUAGUCAUGCUGGCCACAUGACCCGGAAGCUGUAUGCCGGCUCCCUCAGCCAAUAAAGCGAGAUGAGUGCCGCAACCCCAGAGUUGGUCACGACUAGACCUAAUGGUCAGGGGUCCCUUUACCUUUAUGGUGAAGGGAAGUACAGCACCUUCCAAGGUCUUCAUCAGACCUGUUAAUGUUGGUAAGGACUCCCUGAUGAUAAAAAGUGUGAGAUUCUUUCUGUACUACUCUGGAAAUGUUUGGCAGCGGGCAAGGAGGGCAAAUUAAGCCCUGAAACUACCUCCUUGCCACUGCCAGAGAAGGCCUUCUACAUUUUCACCAAGCACUGAUCCACAGCCAUAAGGACUAGAGUUUUUUUCUUUAAGUAAAUGAAAAUUGAGAUUUCUUAGAAUGUAAAUAAAUAAAUACAGUCAUACUUCGGGUUACAGACACUUCAGGUUGCGUUUUUUCAGGUUACGGACUGCUGAAACCCGGAAGUACCAGAAUGGAUUACUUCCAGGUUUCGGCAGUUGCACAUGUGCAGAAGAACUAAAUUGUGCUUUGCGCAUGUGCAGAGCGCCAAAUCGCAACCCGCAUGUGCGCAGACGCGCCGUUGCGGGUUGCGAACUUGCAUCCUGCACAGAUCACGUUCACAACCCGAGCAUCCACUGUAAUAGGUUUCCAAACAUGAAUAUUUGGAAUACACACAGCCCUGGGGAAAGUCUUGAGGCUUAGCAGGUUAAUCCAAUGUACCCCACCAGAAUCAUAAGGUAUAACCACCAGGAUCUGUUGAACUGUGUAGGGUGGUUUUGUUGUGUGUUGAUGAAAGCAACACAAGGUAUACGCACCUGUGGCUUCAUGAAUCUACUUUCAUUCUUCUUUUGGAUCCUGGUCUGCAUCUUCAAGGGAGGCAGCUCUUUCAGAGCAGGGUCAACGCAAGAUGUGAUGAGAAAAGGAGUCUUUAAACUCGCAAACCCUCUCCUUCAUUUGAGCAUCCUCCCCCCAGUCCCUAUUUUCCUGCAUCCUUUGCACAGCUGAGACUGGUUAUUUUUCUCCAUCAUUCAUGAAAGUGCUACAACCAGCACCAUGGACCAGCUGAAAUAGUGGUUCAGCUCCAAGGGAAAACAACCUGACUUCUUGUUCCAACUUGGGGAUCAGUUUUUGUUCAUCUUUAAAAGGGAUCUGGUAACUCUUUAAAAGGCUGUUCAAAGAUGUUUAGGGCUGCCUUGACAUCUACAGGUACCAGAGCUCAGUUGCUAGCCAAACCAAGAUUUCAGCUUCUUUUCAGCUGUGACUUGAGUCUCCUCCAAAGAAAUGCCAGCUCCCAGGUGGUGCGGUGCGAUGCUAUACAUUCCUUUCUUUCUUACAAAAAAGUGUACCAAUCCCAAAUGUUCCUCAUCCUCAAUGUUCUUGGUCCAUCAGACAUGGAGUCCCUGUCCCAAGUUCCCUUUCAUCAGUUUUCAUACUGUUCCCCACUAUCUCUGCUCCAAAGCAUCCUUCAUGAGAUACUGAUGCUAAACAAACAUGCUUUUCCUUUGCCAGACCCAUCAGUUGCAAGGACCAUGCCCCAUUCAUGUUGUUUGGAAGGCCAUUCCAGAACUUCCCCUGAGAAAUGUUUAAUGUCGGUGUCUAAACAUUGCAGCUUUUGCUCAAACCACGUUUGCUCUUGUCGCUCAUUGAGAAAAUGUGUAUAUUUCUGGUGUAAAUAAUGUUUCUGUUACAGCAUGAAAGGUCUUGAAGGAGCCUUCGCUCUUCUACCAGGCAAAGGUGUUAACAGGAUCUGUUUGCAGAGGCUUAAAUCAAGAUGAAUUUAGAGCCUUUUAGCUUCAGUUUAGCGGUAGCUUCCUACCACCAUUGAUGCACCCAUGAACCACUUGUGGUUCUUUCCAAUUCUUGAAGACUACAAGCAUAUGUUGUAAGCUGCUAUAUGGGGGGCAUCUUCCUGGCCACUAUGAAAACACGAUCCUGAUAUAGACUAGCCACUGGCCUGAUCCAGCUCUUCUUGUGUUCUUAUGUUCUUCUACCCUCUGUUGCUAAGUCAGGAGAGCAGUCCAUUUGGCAGAAGUGGUUUGGAUACAGAUGAAACCCAGGUCCCUGACCGUCUGAAGCAGCCUUUGCCAACCUUGUGCCCUCCAGAGGCUUUGAACUCCAACUCCCGAAAAGGCCAGGAGGGCACCAGGUUGGCAAAGGCUGAUCUGAACAGCACUGUCGAAAGGCAGAGCCAGCCUCAGAGUUAGAAACUGUACCUAUUUCAUUGUGUCCAUUUUAAAGCCAGUGACUUGCUAGCGAACAAGGUCUCAGGUGGGGUUGCUCCCUCGUUUAUGUCACAGUUGCAUGGUGGUGAUACAUAUUUAAAAGUAACUGUGAUAGCUUCUCCUCCCUUUGGCUGGAACAGAAAGGAACAGGAGGAGCGGCCGUCAGCCUGCGGCAUCGACCAGGAGAAUGGUGGCACUAUAUGACUACGAUCCAAGGGAGAGCUCUCCUAAUGUUGACGUGGAGGUACGCAUUGAAGCAAACCAAAAAAACCUUCCUUCUAACCUGAUUGAUACAUGGAUACAGAAAGAAUUAAGUCCUUUGAGGGUGGAGGGGGGUAGCCAGCUUGGUGUCAGGGACUGGCUGGACACAGAGGAGUGGUGGCUGGGUAUUGAGAAGUGGGCACCGGCAGAAGUGGAAGUGGAGACUGACUUGGAAGAAGGGAUCUGUGAUCUGGGGGGACCUGUAACAACCGGGAGAUGAGAAUCAGACACAGAAGGGGGCUGCAGGAUUUGAGAGUGAAGAGUCCAGGGCUUCCCCACCUCCUCCUCCUGUGCCUUCCUCUCCUGCUCCCCUGUCUCCCAGGACCAGGAGAGGAAUGAAGUGGGAGGAGCAGAAGAAGAAGGUUGCAUGCAGGCACAGUCUCCAUCUGCUUGCACGCAGACAUGUAAGCCCGAGGUUGGGGCCUCCCUGUUGUGCCCACCCAGGAGUAGCUGAGACACGUAGGACUGUUAGACAUGCCUUUUCCUAACUUUUCCUAACUUGUAAGUGUACCGUAUUUUUUGCUCUAUAAGAUGCACUUUUCCCCUCCUAAAAAGUAAGGGGAAAUGUGUGUGCAUCUUAUGGAGUGAAUGCAGGCUCCAUGGCUUCAGGGAUAGCCGCCCGAAACCUCCGGAGUGCAGCGAGAGUGCUGCACUCCGGAGGCUUCGGGCAGCUAUCCCUGAAGCCAGGAGAGCAAGAGGGGUCGGUGCGCACUGACCCCUCUUGCUCUCCUGGCUUCACUUUGCUGGAGAGGCGCUGCGCAGCUUUCCCUCUCUGCGCAGCGCCCCUUCAGCGAAGCAGGAGGAGAAAUGGAAGGGGCUCUGUUUCUCCUGCCUCUUCGCUGAAGAGGUGCUGCGCAGAGAAGGAGAGAAUUUUUUUUUCUUGUUCUCCUCUAAAACUAAGUGCGUCUUAUGGUCAGGAGCGUCUUAUAGAGUGAAAAAUACGGUGCAUUUGACAAUAAAGAAUUUGUUCCUCACUCUGGACAUUGCUUGCCUGACGGCACUUUGACACUUAGUGCCUUCCAGAUGUUGCUGGAAUUCCAUACCCAUCAUCCCUGACCCCUGUGUAUCAUGUUUGAGGUUAAUGGGAGUUGCAACGUAAAACAAAUGGAGGGCACCACAUUGACUACCACAGAUUUAGGGGCUGGUUUGUGCCUUCUCUGGUGAGAACUGUAGUCCAAAAUAAUCAUGGCACUUACACUGGAAGCACCAGGGAGACCAGUGGUCCCCCAGGUGCUGUUAAACUCCAGUUCUCAGCCCUAGGCAGCCUUGCCAGUGGUCAGAGCCAAGGAUGGAGGAGAAAUCAGGUUCAGUUCACAUUUGAAGCCAAGCCAAUCGAAGUUGCAUUUCCCAAUAUGAGAACUGCAACACAGCCCUCCUUCAAAAUUUGCACUCGUCCAAAUUGUGUGGUGCAGUUCUCCAACCAACCAAUUGGUUACAAAUUGCAUAAAUUUGGGGGUGGGGACAUUGGGAAAAGAUGGUGUUGUUUUCACUAACACAACAGAACUGCAUUUUAUUAGGGGAAACUCUCUUUUUUAAGAGAAAUUUGCACUGAAAUGCUGAAGAAUUUUCAUGGUUGUUUUUUUAAAAAAACCCAAAACCAACUUCUGAUUGCUUCAAAAAAAAGUGUGUAGAACUGAAUUUAAUUUUUUUAAAAAAGAAAAGAACUUGCUCCUAUUAAAAUGAAUUCCCACCCAAAAUUACUUCCUUAUGACCAGGUAUAGCAUAAGGCAUAGACUUCAACAGGUUUCAGAUCGGGGACUCGCCUGCAACAUCACCUACCACCAUGGAACCAGCUUUUAAUGUCUUGCCAAAAACAUGGAGUUGGUACACCAGCAUGAGAAAAAACUCUCCCUUAGAAUUUCUUCUUCUACACAGGCAUUAAAAUUAAAGGAGCUCCUUCUGCCAGCGCAUCUCACCAGCUCCCUCUUUCUCUUUUCCCUCUUUAAAAGUAUACUAAACAGAAAAGGGAAAGAUGGAACCUGGGGUUUUCUGCCUGCAACGCAGAUGCUGUGCUACUGAGUGCUACCCCAUGUCUGUUCUGACAUUCAUCCUCCUCCCCUCAUACGUAUAUGUGCUUGCUAGUUCAGGGUUGCACUUUGUGCAUCUGAUGAAGUGAAACUCUGGCCUGCAACAGCUCACGCCAGAAUAAACCUUAGUUUUUAAAGGAACCUCAAGACUCAUCUUGUUGUUUGCUGCAUUAGACUAAUGUAAGAAGACUUCUGUAAAUAGUGGCAGCAGGAGAUACAGUCAACUCACCAAUAAUAAACAGAGGUGCUACUAGAUAUCCAUCAUUUAUUAUUAUUAUUAUUAUUAUUAUUAUUAUUAUUAUUAAUAUCAUUAUUAUUAUUAGUAGUAGUAGUAUACCGCCCUAUACCCAAAGGUCUCAGGGUGGUUCACUUAAAAAGAUCACAGGUAUAUAAAAUAAAAAUAAAAGCAAUAAUCUAAUAAUACUCCCCCCAGAAGAGCCACAUUUUAAAAGGGUAUGGGAUGCUGAUCAGGUCAACCAAAGGCCUGGUUAAAAAAGAAUGCUUUUGCCUGGCACCUAAAGGUGUAUAAGGAAGGUGUCAGGCGAACUUCCCUGGGGAGAGCAUUCCACAGAUGGGGAGCCACUGCAGAGAAGGCCUCUUCUUGUGUUGCCACCCUCUGGACCUCUUGAGGAGGGAGCACACAAAGUAGAGCCUCAGGGUCUGGGUAGGUUCAUAUGGAAAGAAGCGAUCCUUGAUGCAGCGUCAAAAACUGAACCCUGCUUUGCAAAACCUGGUGAUGCUGUCCUUUAUUCUCUUUCCACAGGCUGAGCUAACAUUUUGUACAGGAGACAUUAUAACAGUCAUUGGAGAAAUUGAUGAAGAUGGCUUUUAUUAUGUAAGUGUCCUGUUUCUUUCUUUCCACUACUCUGUUCCAGUUGCAGUAUUGAGUCCAUUCAUUGGCAGCAAACCCUUGUCCACUCAGGGUGUUACAAACCAAGAACAGCCUAUUUUUUUCUUUUCAAGAGUGCCCCCUGGAACCAGAGAGCCUUCCCUGCUUUUGUAUACACCAGCAAGAGCAGACUAGUUAGGCUCUUUUUCCAGUCAAGACCCCAGAUACAAAAACAAGAAACUGCCCCCCUUGCCACCCCCGCCACCCCCCCCCAAAAAAAAACAAGCUACAGUUCAAAUCCAGCAGGAAAUUGUAGCACAGAGCGGAAACAGCUGCAAAUACCAGAGGACAGCAAACACACCUACUCAGUCAGGUCUAAUAAAAGAGCCAAGUUUCAGCUGGUGCCCCGAAUGACCCAACAUUCGGGGGCUUGCUUGAGAAGCUUCUUUGGGGGAAGGCAUCCCACAUGGUGGAUCCCAAAACUAGAGAGGUCCUGCUCCUUAGAUCUGUGUCUAGGUUCGCUGUGCUUCCCCAGGGUUUGCUUCCUUUGGGAUGAGGCAGAGCAGAGACCGUGUCUUCUCUAGGAUAUGUGGUUCAUUUACAUAUAUAUACAACCUGAGCCUAUGAUGGAGAGGUUCACAUCAGCACCCCAAAAGGUCUUGUUUCUCCCAGAGCCCACAGCCUUGGAUUCAAACAGAAAUCAAUCAUGACGCUCUCUCCUGCUUCCCAGCUUGCAACUUUGCUUCCAGCUCACAUAAACAACUCUCCACUGUCCUUUUAACUAUCCUAGUUGAGGCAGCCACCCAUUUGUCCUCUGACACAGGUCCACUUCCUUUGUUUCCUUAUUGGCCCAUUACCAGGAUACUGGCUUGGUUGUUUCAGGAAUUUGGAAGUGAUUUUUCUGGAUCCAGCAAUUAGGAGGAUCUCAGUAUAUACACAACCCUGAAUUUGGAGGUGCACACUGAGCAAGGUCUGAUAUUUACACAAGGGGAUACCUAUCCUGGAGAAGUAGCUUCAAGGUAGAGUAGCAAACUAGUGAGUAAGUCACGGUACUUCAGUAAUCCACCCAUUUGAUCAUCUGCCGCUUUUAACUUUCUACAUUUUUUCCCUUUUCAUAUGGAUCUUCUGCAAUUCACUGUGGUUUGCUCAUCAGCGAGAAAGUAGUGUUAAUGGCUCUGAAAACCUUGAUUCUAACUAAGGUUUGCUAGUUUAUCACUGGGGGGUCAAGGAAAAAGAAGGGAAGCAGGAACACUCCAUCCCAGCUGGUCAUUACAAUUUGAAAUUAGGGCUGGGAGGGAAACUAGGUUUGGUUUCUGUUUUCAUUUGAACCUACCUAAUUCAGUUCCUGAAACAACCUACAACUCAAAAGUGCACUUCUUCAAAUUUUGCCACGCAGUCCUCUAACAAAAUGAAUGGAUAUCCUGUUAUGGAUGCUUUAGCUGAGAUUCCUGCAUUGCAGGGGGUUGGACUAGAUGACCCCUGGGUACCUUCCAACUCUUAAGAUUCUAUGAAAAUUUAAAUGCAUAUAUGAGCAAAGAUGCUCAUAAAAUGCAAAAAAGGGAAGUAUUUGUUGCAAGAAUGGCAUACCAAAAUGCUGGAUUUUCACGAGGACUUAAAAAAAAUGCAAACCAAUGCAGAAAUGUGGAGAACUGGGCUUAACACUGGGGAAAAUGGGAAACAGAAAAGGUCAGAUUCAUGUAUCCCAGUACAUUUCCCUUUUGGUCCGUGUCUUUGACCUUGUAAGCCUGACUGUCUGUCAGCUAUUUUGGAAACCAUUUUUGGAAUUUGUGGAUUUUUUUUGCAAGGAAGAUUUAUUUAAUGCGGAUUAUCACUUCCCACCUCACCUGCUUACAUUCCAGGGCGAACUUAAUGGCCAGAAGGGUUUGGUUCCUUCAAACUUUCUUGAAGAAGUGCCUGAUGAUGUAGACGUCUACUUGUCUGAUGCCCCAGCACGAUAUACUCAAGAUACGCCAAUACGUACGAAAGCAAAAAGGGUAAGCAAGCAUUGAAUAACAAAAACACAUUUAUUCCUUUUUUGGUUCUGUUUCCUCCCCCCCUCCCAUAUUUCAUAUCAGAUUUAGUUAUGAGUAUCAUCUGUCAACAUUUUUAAAAUCCAUUUUUUUGUUUUUAGGACAUGCUGCGGGGGAAAUGCCAAUAAACACAGAAAUAACUUGUUCUUCCACUAGUGUGUAUAAUAGUAUCACGAGCAUUUAGCUACGAACCAUUCGUUUUGUGUUUGGUUCAUUGCAAUGCAAGCUUAGCUUUUCAAGCAUUUUUCUGCCUUGCAAUUAUUUAACAGCUGCAGAAUAUAGGUAUGCUAUAGUGUUAAAUGCAACACAGAACAAGGGGGUGGGGGAGGAGGGAAGGGACAUGCUCCAGCAAGCUUGCGUAGACCAUAAACUCAAACCAUUCAAAAUCCUCACCCCAACCCCGCUGCCAGCAAGUAUCCCACAAAGGUGCCCGUCUCUGAAAAGUAUUCAUGUGUAGUAUCUCACUUCUGUCUUCUUUCAUCACUGCAGUUUUUAUAUAUUAUAUUUUAUGUAUAUUUUUAUUUCUUUGCUCAUCUGCUUGGGAACAGAAGAAGAGUGUUCAUUUCACACCUUAAAAAAAGGCAAUGUAGCCUUCACGUAAGUGAGCAACUGAAGAUACCAGUAAAAAUAUCAAUUCAAGCUAGCUGGCAUUAUCUAAUGCAGCCGUCUUAGCACCUAAAUGUGCAGAGAGAGAAAUAUGUCUCCAAAACCAUUAGCCCUGGUUGGUUGCAGACUUUCCUUCGAUGUACUUUUUUCCCCCUUCUUUUUAUUUUUCUAAAAAAAAAAAUUCUCAACAUCUAGGGUCUAUAUAGUCAUAAAAUGUCAACAGAAUUGACUUAUCUCACUGUUUUCUUCCUCCUUGUAUUCAGGGCUCAUGUUCGUAAAAAAAAAAAAAAAGUUUUAACAUUUGGAACAUAUUUCUUACUGGACGUAUUGUUUGUUUGCAUAAAAAAGUGUUCCUAGUGUCUAAUUCCAAAGAGAAGCUGCAUAUUGCAUUGUUAGCCAAUCUGGGAGGAAAGCCCCCCACCUCCAGGAGAGGGAGGGGGUAAAAGCACAAAACAGACCCACCCUUGACAAGUGUAACACUGUAAGCGGAUCAGUAUGGUAGAUAAAAAGAAAGGGGUAUGGUUGUAUCUGAGAACACAUUAACCUCAAAUAUCUGCUUCAACUGUUUGCCUUAAAAGUUCCUCUGCUGGUCAAUGAUACCCCAAGUUUGCCUAUGGCAGUAUCUUCUCCAUAGUCAUCAUUCAAUAAAUAAUAAUAACAACGCAAACUCUCCAAUAGCAUAGUCCUACACCCAUGUUUGCAAAGCACUCGGCGGCUCUUUGGUUUAUCAAUGCAAUAACUGUUGACAUAGACAUGCAGCUCAAACCCAUGAAUGAAUGCAUUAGAGCUCAAUAUAUAUAUGGUAUCUUCAGGUGUACGUUGGGGGUGCUUCUACGAAGUGGUUCUUUUUUGUUUUCUUCAUUAGACAAAGACCUUGAUUUGAGAUCAAAGUAAGCUUGUGACCUCUUUUCUUCAAUUUCAGUUCCGUUCAUUAAACUGAGCCUGAUCUAGAUUUUCUGGAUACAGUGGGGACCACGCAAGUGUCAUAGCUGCCAGAAAGAAUUGGUGGCCGGCUUAUAAGCAUUAAGCAAGCACUGCGACUGGUGUGGUCACUCACAAGUUUUCACUCUCGAAUGACUUUCAUACAUAUCAAUGCACUCUGUGCAAGGAAGUAUUCAUUCCCUGUAACCAGCCAUUUUACAAGAAAUCCUAUUGUAUAAAAAGUGUGUAUUACUACCAUCGAAGGUCAGGAAGCUUUCUUUGAUUAUGAUUAAGGUUCAUUUUAGCUUUUUUUCUUUCAACCAGUGUGCCAUCUUAUAAAAUAUGUAUAUACAGUAUUGCUUUUCUUAAAAAAAAAAAGUGUCCAAUGGAUCUCAAAAAUUAAGGGGGGGAGGGGUAAAGCCUCUGAUUAUAUUAUCUCCACAACUGGCGAUUCCCUGUGGAAACUGGCUGGUGUAUAUAUAGAACUUGGCAUUUGUAGUACUUAGUUCCAUUUUCUCACGUGCUCAGGGUCACCAAGAGUACCGCAAUGUGAAAAGGCAAUUUUAAUUUUGGCCAAAAUCCAGUUCCGAGUCACCCGGUUAAAAUAAGCAGUACAAUUUAUUUUACCGAAACAAAAAAACCCCCACAAAUUCAACCCUUCAGCUGUAUAUGCUGUUUUUCUCACUACUUUGGUAAAUUAGCUAAAUCUGUUGUGUGGCAUACUUUAAAGGAAAAAAAAUGGAUUGUCCAAAAAAGAAAAAAUUAACAAAAAAAAUAUGUUACCAACUUUCUUGUUGUUUGGCUUUCAUUCAGUAAACUGUAACAAUGUACCUACUAGGUUCCUCCUGAGAAUACAGGUACAUCACCAAGGAGAGCACCAUCCCCCACAGUCCAUCUCCAUACGGGGUCACCUACGUCAUCUGUGGGUUCUGGUAGUCCCGGGCGAGGCAGGGAACUGUCCUCGAAAAAGAAAAAGGGGCUGAUUUCCAAAGGGAAGAAACUUCUGAAAAAGCUUGGUGCAGUGAAAUGAUUUCGUGUUCAUCUGGAC